AUGGUUGAGGUGCCCUCGGAAGUGCGCUGGGAUCUUUGGCCAGCACUACCCAUCGCGCCUUACGAGCGUCGGCGCACUAUUUUGGUCGAGUACAUCCCAGGAGAGCUUUGGGGAUUGGAGCAGAAGAUAGGCCUGCUCUACGUACAUGUACCGAUUCGUAUGACAGUCCUUCGCUUAGAGUCGGGGGGGCUCCUGGUAUACGGGGCUGUGGCGCCCACGGACGAGUGCAUGUCCCUGCUCCGUGAGCUGGAGUCCAAGUACGGGGCAGUCCGCUACCUGGUGCUAGCAACCGUGGCUGUGGAACACAAAACCUUUGCAGGGCCUUUGGCACAGCGCCUGAAUGACGCAGAAGUGUGGAUUGCUCCUGGCCAGUAUUCGGUUCCCUUUCCAUUGCCCCUGGCUUUCUUGGGCUUCCCUCUCUUCCGGGUGCGCGAACUGCCGCGGGACAGCGAGGGGGCCGAUCUUCCUUGGGGCAAGGAGCUUGAGCACUUGGUGCUGGGCCCAGUUGGGAAAGACCCCUCCACAGGCGCCUUCUGCGAGGCGGCCUUCUACGUUCCCCGUCUGAGGCUGCUCUUGUUGACAGAUUUGUUGAUCUCGAUUCCCAGGGAGGUGCCAGCGGUGCUCCGCGAGGAUCCAAGGCCGCUGCUCUUCCACGCCCGCGACGGCCCCUUGGAGCCCGUGGAAACCGACGAGCGGGCGCUGCAACGAGGCUGGCAGCGCAUCGUGAUCUUCUCCCUCUUUUUCCAGUCCGGUGCCAUCGAUGUCCAGUCAGUGGACCAGGCAUUCAGCGAUGCCAAGAAGUCUCAGGCACCAGAGUUGGGAUGGGCAGGCUUGUUGCCAUGGAAUUACCGGAAUGAUUGGCAAGAAGCAUUUGAAGCUGUGAGCGGCGGGGUGCUUGUCCCUCCCAUUCUACAAGCGCUUGUCCUCAAUAGGGGAGAGCGCGACACCAAGCAGUUGCGGGAAUUCGUAGACCAGGUUGCUUCCCGGUGGCCAUUCGAGAGGAUGCUCUCCUUGCACUUUGAUGGGCUCACAGGGUGCUCUCCUGGAGACUGGACUUCAGCUUUCCGCCGCUUCUUGGAUGAGCCAACGUUGCCUUUUGGCACUCUGGGCCCUCGGCCGCGGGAUAAGGACCUCGAAUUUCUCCGCGGGUUUGGCGAGCAGCUCCAAUCCAGCGGAAUCAUCGAGCCCUUGUCAAAGAAACGCCAGACCUUUGUCUAG